GAGAGAGAGAGGGAGAGAGAGGGAGAGAGAGGGAGAGAGAGAGGAGAGAGGAGAGAGGAGAGGGAGAGAGGGAGAGAGAGAGGGAGAGAGAGGGAGAGAGAGGGAGAGAGAGAGGAGAGAGGAGAGAGGAGAGGGAGAGAGGGAGCACGCGCAGAAGCCAGGCUCCCGCUGAGAAAGUGCUCCGGGGCCGGCUCUCCGAGGCAGGACACGGUCUCCCUGGGCCUGGACUGUCCCCUGUGCCCAGGCAGAGACGAACUCUCCCCAGGAUGGGUUUGGCUGCGCUGGCAAUACGGCUCCUGCUUGUCCUGGGCGUGAGCGGCGGGGCGGCAGGCUUCCCCGUGUACGACUUCGACCCGGCCUCCCUGAGGGACGCCCUGGGGGCCUCGGUGGCCAAGGUGAACGCGCAGGCGCUGAGCCCGUACCUCUUCCGCGCCGUCCGGAGCUCCCUCAGGAGGGUGAGCGUCCAGGGCGAGGACAGUGUGACGCUGGAGCUCGAGUUCCGCCUCCGGGAGACUGUGUGCAGGGGAGACUCGGGCGCCCAGCCCGACACCUGUGACCUCCAGAGGGGCGCCCACGAGGCGGCUGAGUGCAGGAGCACUGUUCGCAUGUCCGAGGAGCAGGUGCGGGGAGUGUGGGUCCGCUGCCACUGGGCCUCCAGCUCGGAAUCCAGCAGCGAGGAGAGGGUUUUUGGGGACUUACUGGGAUCCGUUAGACGGAGAAGCCACUAUCAACCAGGUCUCUUUCUGGACCCGUCGCUAAGUGGACAUGUCCCUGAGCGCUCCCACGGAUUGUGAAACCCACCCUACGUUCAGAGUCCUACCCUCAAGCAAACACCACAGCUGCAGCUGUGUCUCUGGGCUCCGUGUCUGAUCCCCGUCAUUUUCCAAUUAAUUUGGAAACCUCAGGGCUUACCAUUUGCGGCCCCAUGUAAACACAAAUGCCGAUGCUUCAGAUCUCCUCCAGCGUGUCCCUCCGGGAGAAGUUAGUCAUUGGAGCGUGCGCCCCUGCCCGGGACGGUGCUGAGCGCCCCUCGGGAACUGUGUGCAGAUUCCGACUCCACCCCGUGGCAUCUCUGUCCUGCUGGGGAAACGUCAUCCUUGGAACUGCGUUUGGAAACCGCCACCUGGAGACGCAUAUGAUGGACGCGACUCACCCCACUUGGCGGCCUUCCUUAUCUCUCGCUGGGGGUCCAGUGACCCCCAGAUGUGGUAGCCACUAACAACAGAUCUUCAUGUUCCCGAAGUUUCUGGGGGUGGGAGCCCAUGAGCAGCGGCACUGGGUGUCCCUGGGCUCACUCAUAAGGCCGCGGCAAAAUGUCCGCAGGGCUGUGACCGCAGGUGGUCGCUCAGCAGGCACCUGCGUCCUGCCCGGAGUCCCUCCCGGGGUGCUGGUGGGUCUCGGUUCUUCAUGGGCUGUUGAGCGGAAGCUCCCUGUUCUCAGAGGGACCGUUCCUGGGGCCGUUUUGCUUCCGUGAUGCCCAGUUUCUCUGAGGUCGGGGGCUAACAGGGAGGGGGCGAGGAGCACCCGGGACCGUCUGCUGGAACCGGUUUCAGAAGCAGCAGAGAUGCUCACGGCUGCACCUUCGCUUUGCCCCUUGUGGGAAGGGGCAGGGGUGAGCAGGCCCCCCGGGAGGCGGGCGCAGAGAUGUGCUACCUCAACAGGAAGACGCUAUUGGAACUAAAACUAUCACAGGGCUAGGAAGCCAGGAGACGGCUCCUGUUGCCGCCCCUCGGAAGGUCACUUCAGAGCUGAGCCCUGAGAGCGUUUGCACCGGGGGAGCCUCACUGGUGCGGUCAGGCGCCUGCUCAGAAAUUGCUUGGGACGAAUUUAGCUGAAACCAGCAGACGUGGGUCAGGGCCACCGGGCAGUCGCGGGCGAGCCAGGCUCUGGGUGCCGGGGUUCCCGGCAGAGGCCGAGACCGACCCCCACCCCCACGGAAAAGACCUAGUGGGGACUCAUCCUCAUGCCACAGAGAGCAGGGGCCCCCUCAGGGGUCUCCUGGCGGGCAGGGUUUGCCCGCCCGCGUCUUCCCUCUCACGGAGAAGGCAGCGAGCGAACUGC